GCCACCCAAAAAUUAAAUAAAAAUCCAUAAUUAUUAUUUUUCCUCCCUGUAGAUAAAGAUGAUUUUCCUCUCCUUCACGUUUCCCAUCUCACCCUCUCGUCUAAGCUAAUGUCUUCUUUGCCUCUCACAUUCACUACCACCACCACAACAAACGCCUCCUGCUCCCUGCCCUCACUGUCGUCGUCUUCUCUGCUUAAAUUCCCUUCGAUUCCUCGUCAUACUGCGGUUUUCUUCCGAUCUAGCCAGCGAAGAUCCACCGGGAGUUUUCUGUGCGUGUUCUCUUCCUUAGAGGCUAAGACAAUGGCGGAGCUGGUUAAGGAUAAGGAAUCGAUCGCCGCCUCCAAGAGUGAGGGCGAGGUUGAGCAUUCGCGCACUUUCGUCGACGCUCGUACCGAGCAAGAACUCGUAAACGGAAUCAAGAAGGAAGCAGAAGCAGGGAGGUUGCCUCCUAAUGUUGCAGCAGGGAUGGAAGAAUUGUAUCAGAAUUAUAGAAACGCAGUUUUCAAAAGUGGAGACCCUAGAGCAGAUGAGAUUGUGUUGUCGAACAUGGCCGUUGCACUUGAUCGUGUGCUUUUGGAUGUGGAGGUCCCUUACGAUUUCUCACCUUAUCACAAAGCACUGAGAGAGCCAUUUGACUACUACAUGUUUGGUCAAAACUACAUCCGUCCUUUGAUUGAUUUCAGAAAUUCAUAUGUUGGUAAUAUGCCUUUAUUCUAUGAAAUUGAAGAGAAGCUUAAGCAGGGUCACAAUGUUGUUUUGAUAUCAAACCAUCAAACUGAAGCUGACCCAGCUGUUAUUGCAUUGUUGCUUGAAAAGACAAAUCCACAUAUUGCAGAGAAUUUGACCUACGUAGCAGGGGAUAGAGUCAUAACGGAUCCUCUCUGCAAGCCCUUUAGCAUGGGAAGGAAUUUAAUAUGUGUGUACUCGAAAAAACACAUGCUUGAUGUUCCUGAGCUUGUUGAGAUGAAGAGAAAAGCAAAUACACGGAGUUUAAAAGAGAUGGCUUUGCUUUUAAGGGGUGGGUCACAAAUCAUAUGGAUUGCACCAAGUGGUGGCAGGGACCGCCCAGAUACCCAUACAGGAGAAUGGUAUCCAGCACCCUUUGAUUCUUCUUCAGUAGACAAUAUGAGGAGGCUUGUAGAACAUUCUGGUCCUCCAGGGCAUAUAUACCCCUUGGCUUUAUUGUGCCAUGAUAUCAUGCCGCCUCCACCCCAGGUGGAAAAAGAAAUUGGAGAGAAAAGAGUUGUCUCCUUCCAUGGAGCUGGAUUAUCAGUAGCACCAGUAAUCAGCUUUCCUGAAGUUGGUGAUACUAAUAAAAGCUCUGAAGAGGUUAAGGAGGCAUAUAAGCGAGCACUGUAUGAUUCUAUUACUGAGCAAUACAACGUGCUGAAAUCUGCUAUACAUGGGAAACAGGGACUAGGGGCAUCAACGUCGGGUGUCUCUUUAUCACAACCAUGGAACUAGUGCACCUUUUGUAACUUCUGCACAUCUGGUAGUAGUAGGUAUUUCUUGAAUUCACGCUUAUGUUAAUCCCUGGGUUAAUGAUUUUUGUCGUGUGGAAACUGAAAAUCUCCUUGAUAUUUGUUUAAUUUUUGAUAGCGUUCCAAACAAAAACUAAAGAGAAAAAAUUAUAUUGUAAAUGCCAUUCUUAGUAAUGAGAAAUAUACAGAAUGCUUGUCCGUUGACUUACAUAAUAUAUGUAUCUAAAUCUAACUUACAUGUGGGCAUGGUAUUCCUUCCAAUUCUCUCAACUUUAAAAAGAAGGGUAGCAAUGAGAGGUGUUGCAAGCCUUACUAAUCGCAGAGAAGCAGGUAUGCAUGGAUUGCAAGACACAAGAACGUCAAAGACUAUUAUAUAAAUGAUUUUAUUCCAAAAUUUUGGGAAUAAAUUUUUUUUUAAAAAAGAGGGUAAAAUCAAGAUAGAUUACUUUUAGGUUCUUAGUUUUCAGAUACAAAAUCUGUUAAUUUCCAAGUCAAUAUAAAUGCAAAACAAAAGUGGGGCAUGAGAGAAGAGGGGAGGCCAGUCCAUUAGAGGUGACAUCUACUUAUCUAGAUCAUGUAAUUUCUUCACUUUGACAAUCUGAUCUCAUUCUAUUGCAGGCUAAUUUUGUUUCUGCAUAAAUUUGUUACUCCUCAGCAAGAAACCACUGUUUCAUCAAUAGAGGUAUUCUAUAGAAGGAUGCAAUCAAAUUGUUCGUUUUCUCUUACGUACACAACAUGCGACUAUUUUGUUUCAGCUUUCAGUUUUGUAAUGUACAGAUCUUAUUUCCUAUGAAGGCUUUGGGCAGCCUAAAUGUAUAUCUAGUCAAAUUCAAAGCAAUCACGUCAUAUUUUAAUGGGCAAAUUCUUCUUCACCUGUUAUUCUUUCCCAUUUAAUGAUGUGUAAUGAACCAAUAGGCCUGGA